AUGAGCGCUCGAACGCACUACGACGUCUUGGGCGUCUCCGCGUCCGCGUCACCGUCCGAGAUCAAGCGCGCGUACUUGCGUCUCGCCAAGCGGCAUCACCCGGACGCGACCGACUCCGACUCCCAUGACAUCUUCGCCGCGAUCUCGCACGCGUACGACGUACUCAAGGACCCAAUGCGUCGACGAGCGUACGAUGGGACGAUCGGGACGACGGUUUCGGGGAGCGGGCGGACGUCUUCGCGCGCCGCGGAUGUCAACGCGAAUUGGCGCCGCGGACCGAGUAGGGACGGGUUCGGUAGGCAUCGAGCGAACUCGUACACUUUCGACGACGACGAGGAUUGGGACGGCAACACGGCUUGGACCACGGCGGAGAUCGAGCGUAGACAAACAGAGGAGCGAAAGCGGGCGCGGGCGAAGGCGGACGCCGCGCGGUGGUGGAAACACGAAAAGCGAGAGGCGGAGCGCCGCAGAGUCGAGUUCAGAGAGCGCGAGGCCUCGGCGACGGUGCGACGGAGCGAACGGGCGAUGGGAAAGAUCUCUGGACUCUGGGUCACGCGUCCAGGCGUGGUGUGGCAGGACAUCUUCGCCGGCGCUCUCGGCGUCGCCGCCUUGGCGUACGGCGCCUCCGGGUUUCUCCGCUUCGCCUCCGAGAAACCACCGGACCGCGCUGCGCCGACGCGGGAUCGUCUGAGAUCGACGGACGACGCGCGCGCGUGA